UACAAGCUCCUAGGUGCGUGUUAGUCAAAUUCCCGAUCGAGUCCCCGCAAUGACUCGAACUUCACCACUCCCGGCAAUGAUAACAUUUCUCCUCUUUCAACUUUUGGUUUGCUGCCUGUUGAAUUUCCACAUCUACUUUCACCUCAAUUACUCUACUGAACCUACCAAAUUAAAAAACCUCACCAUGGCUUACCAAAUCCAAUACGCCGAAGAGAGCGAUGCACCCGCCCUCGCCCAAAUCAACACCCUCAGUUUCCAAGGCCGAGGUCUCUUAUCGCAAGUCUUCCCGGAGGCCAGCCAAGACGCCCUCGAAGCCUACAAAUCCAUGUACACCAUGAAGCACCUCGCCAACCCACAAAUGCAUGUACUCAAGGUGGCCGAUCCCGCCAGCGGGACAACUGUAGGCUAUGCACGAUGGCAUAUUCCCGAAUCGCUGUCCCCGCGAACGAAUGUGCCCGUUUUAAGUGAAAAGGCUCAGGAAGCGGCGCGAGAUCCGUUUCAAUUUGCGCCGCGCCCGAUGAAUGAAGCGCUCAUGGCAGGGUUUCGGGGGUUGUUGGAGGAGUCUCGGAAGAAGCAUGUUACGGAGAAGGAUAUGAUGCUGGACCUUUUAGCGACACUACCAUCUCACCAAGGGCGUGGGAUAGGGUCAACCCUUUUGCGAUGGGGUACAAGCAAGGCCGAUGAAUGGCAGGUGCGGGUUUACUUGGAGGCCACGGGGGAGGGUUAUCCGGUGUAUCUCAGGCAUGGGUGGAAGCCAGUUGAAGAAAUCCGUCUUGAUCGGGAGCAGUACGGUGGACAAGGCGAAGAGACGUUUGUGUUGAUGAUUCGAGAGCCGAAGAGGCCUAUUCAAUAGGUUGAUGGCAGAUUCAAAAGGACCAAUUAUGGAGAUCAUUGUGAAUAGAUGCGACAAUGGUAGAAUGAGAUAUUGGAGGACAUACUCCAGAGCAUUUAAUACGAGC